UUGACAUUUCUAUCAAAAUAUCGUUGUUGUUGUGACUCGCGUUUGUUAUUUCAUUUGAUGUGAAAAAAUUUACGCUAAGCGUUCAAACUGUUUUAUAAACAACUAAAUAAAUUAAAAACGUAUUUUUUACGCAUAAAACGCAGCAUUGCCUACAAUAAUGGCGGAUCCCAAAUUCGAAAACUUACCGGGAAUUGCUUAUGACCAACCCGAUGUUUACGAAACACCGGACAAUGCUGAAUCUGUUACAUCUGAUUACUAUGAAGAGGAGCCAGAGAAUGAGGCUAUCGAACGCUUACACAUCUCAACGCGCGAUUCAUAUAAUCGCUUCCGUGGCGCAACACUCGAUGGCAGCGUCGAUUUCUCCGAUCGCAUUGGCCGGCGUUUAUGCAAAGGCUAUGAUGCGCGUUCGGGAGAAUUCGAGUUGGUGGGUGUAGGUGAAAAAGAAACACCUGUGCAAAAGUGUCGGCGACUGCAAUGCGAAAUGAAUGAGUUGAUGGAUGAAGUGGCAGCAUUGCAGGUAGAUCGUAAGAUAGUGCAAGAGGAGAAAGAAUCAUAUGAUGCUGUUGCAACAGUCAUAGCAACAGCUAAGAAAGUGUUGGACUCUUUGCGUUUAGAGCAAGUUUUGGGUAAAGAGCAAGUGCCAACGGCAGCUGAUAAGGAGGUGAAGCAAUUGAUUGGUCAAGUAGAGGAAUUCAAAAAAUCUGGGCUGCUCACUGCCAUACCUACACCAGGCACUGAUUUGGCAGCUUCGGCACGCAUAGCCAAGCUAGAGCAUCGCUUGCAUCAAUUGGAACAAGCCAUUGGUGCACAACCGGAAAAACUCAGUCGUCUCACAGCGCUGACGAACACCAACAAUGUUUUGGAAGCAGUGCAUCAAUUGAGCACAAAAACAGCGCUACUACAAACCGAUAAGCUGGAUGUCAUCGAAACACGACUCAAUACACUUACAGGCAAAAUGGAUGCUAUUGCUGAAAAAUCAAGCGGUUCCGCUGAUGAUGCGAAACGUGACCAGAAGGUGGUGGAGCUUUAUGAAAUCGCCAAACGUACAGAACCUGUGGCGGAAAUAUUGCCUGAUAUCAUAGAACGCAUGCAAGCGCUAGAGGCACUACACAAAUAUGCUAUGAACUUUGCUAAAAUAAUCGCCGAAAUUGAGGAGAAACAAACCACAAUCACCACAAGCUUGGUAAGUAACAAGGAGCUGCUGCAUUCAGUACAGGAAACAUUCGCACAAAAUCUGGAAACGAUCAAUAAGGAGGUCGCCAAGGUAGAGGAGCGUGUGCAGGCCAUAACGGGCAAGAAAUGAAGCAGACCAAGCGGCGCAUGCGCAGUGUAUCCACUAAAGCAACUGAUUUAUAUAUAAACGAAAAAUAAGAAAUAAUUAAAUUAUUUAAUUUGCUUCAAUAUUCUUAACGCUGCAAGUAUUGUAAUUGUCAUUUAAGUUAAAAAUUAACUGUGAACUAAUUUUUUAUUGAUUUUAAAACAGCGCUCAGCUGGCAAGAAAAACGUUUAUAUGUCAAUAAAUGAUAUUGUGCUUUGAAAAAUG